CUCUGAAAGGUGAAACUGUGUCAAGCAAUGCAAAAAUUGUCUUGAAGCUCGUGCAUGUGUAUGUCUGUGUGUCUGUGUGUGGGAUGGGGUAGCCUGUCAGCCCCGAGGACAACGUGAAUCAGUAGUCGGAAAGUGUGGUGUAAAGGAAUUCAUUAGCCAUGGAUGUAUUCAUGAAAGGACUUUCAAAAGCCAAGGAGGGAGUCGUGGCUGCUGCUGAAAAAACCAAACAGGGUGUGGCAGAAGCAGCGGGAAAGACAAAAGAGGGUGUGCUCUAUGUAGGAUCCAAAACCAAGGAAGGAGUGGUUCAUGGUGUGACAACAGUGGCUGAGAAGACCAAAGAGCAAGUGACAAAUGUUGGAGAGGCAGUGGUGACAGGGGUGACAGCGGUAGCACAGAAGACAGUGGAAGGAGCAGGGAGCAUUGCAGCUGCCACUGGCUUUGGCAAAAAGGAUCAGCUGGGCAAGGAAGAAAGUUGAUGAAAUGAACAGUGUAAUAAAUGUUCAAAAGAACAGUGACAUUUCAGAAAGAAUGGGUGCUUUUAUGUCAGCUUGGAAUCUUGGAAUUUCUCUUUGUUGGGAUAUAGCAAAUUCUUUGUGCGCAAUCUCUCAAUGUUCAAAUGAGACUCUUUUACUUGAUUUUUUUCGGGGUGACAUCAUCUCUUAUUAAAUGUUACAUUUGCUUAUUACAUAAGAGUUCAUUUCCAAAUAUAUGUUUCUGGAAACGGAGAGGCUUAAACUAUAUUACCAGCCAGAGGCUGUGGUUUUGCGGUGAUUUUAAGAUUCUCAGAAGAAUUCUGACUUUGCCUUUCUCUGCAAAUGAGAUUCUAGGAAGGUUAUUCAAGAGUUAUUAUGACUUUCAUUCUUAACAAGUAAGCAACAGAAAAUGAGAUGUCAACUGGAAGAUGAAAUUUUGCAGGUUUCAUGACCAUGGCAGUAGAAUGACUCUUGCUUUUUUCCCUGCUACCUUGAACACAUAAGGCGUACCCUUUCCUUGACUCUUCCUGGAAAAUUCUUUCCUGAAUUUAAGCAUUUGGCUCACUCCCUCAUUCCCUCAGGUCUAUGCCAAACAGUACUUCUCAGUAAGGUCUCUCCUGGCCUAUAUUAUAUUGGAGCCAUUCUCUUCCUUCUGCUGUUCGUAAUUUCCCUACUCUGUAUUUUUCUUCUUUUUUGGCCAAACCAUUGAUUAUCUUUAAAAAUAAUAACUUAUUUUUAUGCAUGUUGUUUAUCCAAUAAACAAGCACCAUGGAGAUGGAAUAUACUAGUUUUCACUGAUGUUUCACAAGUGUCUAGAAGGGUGACUGACAUGUAGGAGAUAAUGAAGGAAUGUUGAUUGCAUUAAGGUGGGAAGAGAAAGGAAAUAAACGAUAAGCAGGGAUCUUGGAAUAUAGCCAUGAUUGAGACCAAGGUCCUGAUUGUACAGGUGAGGAAAUUCACAAAGGAGAAGGAAGCAGUCUAAGGUCACAUAGCCAAUUGUAAUGAACUGAAAACCAGCAGUGUUUUUCCAUCCACUAAUGUUGCUUCCUCAAACCCUUCCUCAAAUUUUACCUUUCUUUUGGGAAUUAUGGAACAACCAAAUUGAACUGGGAAAAUUCUCUGCUUUAGAAUAUUAAGAAACCAGGGAAACGUGUGCCAUCCCCAUCUCACUGCCACUUAAUGUAAAUUGCUAACAAGGCAUGCAAAUAUUUCAUUUCUUACAAAAUUGGGCUUGCUUUUACCCAUCCAAAAAUAGUGCUCUUUAUUUUAAUGUUUUAAAGCACAAAUCUAAAUGAUGUGACAAAAUUAACUUUUGGAGAGAUUUCUCUUAUGGGUACUUAUAGGGUCUUACAAAGUUCUAAUAUGAAAAUGAAGUCAUAAACCUGGAAAUUACAGCACAGUUGUAGCAAAAAAAAUUGAACUGAGAGUUUAAAUGGCUGAUUUUCAUCCCUGGUCUGUCGCCAACGGGCUGAAUGACCUUUUGAAGAUCUCCUAAGACUCCUCCUUGUAUAAUGAGAGAUCUGUACUAGAAAAUUGUUAAAUCCCAAUUUAGCAAUAAAGUUCUGAGUUUCUAAUAAUAACCCAAGGAAGACACUAAUUAACUUUCAUUUUGGCCACAUCUAUGGGAUGCCAAAAAUUCUAAAGUUCAAACAAAAUCAUUGAGUCUGUUCUUUAUGAAAUUUGAAAUAAUUUCAUCCUUCAAACUGUGAUCAGAGUGAUUCUGAUGAAUGGAAACAAGGAAUUUAUUGUUGCUUUAACUGCUUAUUAAUGACCCCUAUUUUGACACUCAUUGUUCAUUGAAUAAAUUUGCUUAUUUACUAUGUGCCAGAAACUUUGUUAGAUAUUGAGGUUAAAGUGAUGAGAAAACUAUGCGCUGUUUUCUUCUUCAUUGAGUUUAUAGUCUGGUGAUAAAGAUCAGUAGUAUUCAUCUAAUCACCACACAGUAAAUGUGUAAGAAUACACUGUAAUAAAUGCCAUGGCGUACAUAACGUCAACAAUGUCUAAAUGAAGACUUGACCCAGCUACUGCAGGGCAGAGGAAAGGGAGGGCAUCACAAAGGGUUGCCAGGGGAAGUAAUGGUUCAGGUGAGAUCCAGAAGAAUGACUUGCAAUUGUUAAGUGUGGGAGUUAGAAGAAAAGCCUUCUAGGCAAAAGCAACAAGAUGAGGGAAUAUAAUGUGGUUAGGAGGGGCUGUGGCAAAUCAAAGAUGACGGCUGGAGUCAGAAUCAGGAUGUAGCUGGGCCACCUCAGUUGGCCAUGUUAAAAACAUUAGUCUUUAUUCUAAAAAUAAAGUAAUGUAUGAGAGCAUUUUAAGCACUUAAUCUGGAUGCCAGGUUAUAAAUUUGCAUGUUGGAAAGAUGCUUCUGCAUCUAAGGAUGCUGUAGAUUGAAGAGAAGAAAGAGUAGUAGCCAGGGACCAAUUAGUGGGCUAUGGUGGCAAAAGGAGAUGAUUGUGAAUACCAAGGUGUUGGUGAGGGAAAAGGAAAGAAAUGGAUUAAUUCAAGGACUACAUGGAGAAUAAUACCAAUGUGAACCAGUGCUAUAUUUAUAGGAAGAAGGGGAAUAUGAUGAGCAGGGCUACAGGUUUUAGCUUGUUGAAGCAGAUUAAUGGCUGUGCCAUUCUCUUGGGGUUGGUGCUUCUCUUGACUAUCAGGAACACUGCAAGAUGACUGGCUGCAUCAGUGUUCUGCCCUUAUGCUCUUUGAGGGUAUUUGGUCCAUUAUUUUCUGAUUGAUGAGGGAACAAAUCUUCCUCCUUCCUUCCUUCCAUCCUCCUUCCUUCCAUCCUCCCUCCUUUCAUUUCUUCCUUCUAUCCAUCCAUCUUUUCCUUUCUCCCUUUCUUUCUGUCCUCUCUUUUGUGUUUUCUUGAUUUUUUUUUUUGACCCAGAGCUCCAGGAGCUCAUUUUUAUUUUUCUCUUUUUAUUUGCUAAAUUAUCCCUUUGGGAAUGCUUGUUUUGGUGUACUCCUCUCCUUUUGAUGUUAACAGAGAGAUAUAACUGCAGGUACUUAAGUGUUUCUGUGAACUUGAUCAUAUGCACCAAAGACAUCCUUAGUAAUACUUUCUAAUUAUAAGAUACCAGAUUAAAGGACAAACAGGUUAUCCUGAAUUUUAAGAAUUUUUAAUCAAAUAUUAUUAACUUCUUUCUUUAAUACAUCAGCAUAAUACAUAUACUGAUCUCUGGUUUUAUCUGUGUGCACACAAGAGCUUAUUAGCUAUACAAUUCAUUUCUCAGAGCUCAUUGACUUGAUUGGCACAGUAGAUACAGGCUACAAAUAUAUUGGCAGAGGUAUUCAAGUUUUAAGUUCAGAUGUUAUAUAAAUAAAAGUUGAUGUUUCCCACUCCUAUUGAAAACAAAUGAUCCUCUUGUACGAAGAAUAUUAUAAAAGAAAGGCACUUGAAUAAGAGUUGGUAUGUGGUGCAUCUGUGUUUUCAACAUAUAGCUAUUCACUAGAACAUCUGCUCCAUCCUUGAACCCUCAACAGUGCUUUGCGUGUGUUUCCUGCUCAAAUCCUUGCUGAACAAAUUAACACCUCUUUGAUGCUCUCUGGAAUUCCCUAGAAGAGUUGGAUCCUUGGUGUCCAUGAUUUUUAUUUCUGUAAUCUUCUGGACAUAAAGAAAGUGUAAGUUCUGAAUAAACUAUAAAGACACUGCCUGACAAUGAUUACAGCAGUCAGCUUCAUUUUCACAUCCUGUCAGGCAUUGACUUAUCUACAUGGAGAUGAAUAGGUUUUGUGCAAGAAAUAAGCCUGGAAUAUUUAUAGCCUCAGAUACUUGAAAUAUUCAGGUUUCAUCUUUUUUUUCCCCUUUGGAAUCAGAAUAAAGUUCCAAAACAGUGUCAUUUUGGGAAAAAUAGAUUAUAUCAUAAAUAAUUUUCACAAUCCCCAGCACAGUUAUCCAGAAAAAAUGUUGAUUUAAAACAAAUAGAAGCAUGCAUGCCCUAUAAUCCUGCCUUAAUUUGUAGGAGGAUAGCUGAUCAAAUGUGUGCUAGAUGAAUAAAACAAAGCAGAAAUGAAAACUGUCAGGUUUGACAUUCUGAUCCAAAACUUUUGUGUCCUUAUUUCCUUUGUAUUACCAGAGCUAUCAUGUUUAGCUUGAUGCAAAUUUAUUUUUAUUUACUUUUUUAUUACUCAAUGAAUUUAUUCCAUUUAUAGUUGUACAAUGAUCAUCGCAAUCCAAUUUUAUAGGAUUUCCAUCCCACAUCCCCAGCGCAUCCC